AUGUUUACAGCAACAGCUCGUCACAUCGCCCUGAUGUUACAACAGGAAGGAUACGAGAUUGUACCAAUCAAAGACAUCAGAAAGAUAGAGGACUACUGUGAUCCUCAUAGUCCACAGGUUUUUGUUAUUGAUGAUGUGGAACUUGAAGAAAUGAACAAACAAAAUAAAAUUCAAUAUGCUUCUUUGGUUUUAUGCAUGAUGAAUGAAAACAAAAUAUCGGAGAACAUCCUUGACGAAACCAAUAAGGAAAAGGUUGCUAAAAGCUUUCAAGAAAUGAGAAAACGAGUUUUGUGGAAAUGCAAAGUCAGCAGUGAAACAAAUAAUUAUAAAUUUGUUGAUGCACUAUCAGCAAUGGAGGGAACUUACACAAAAAUGUAUGGUACUGAGUAUUCCUUUGUUCAUGAUUCCAUGUUUGAGAUUCUUGCAUAUCAUUUUGGUCGUCAGUUUCCAGAACUGAUUUUACAGUAUAUGAGUAGUAGUUAUAUUGCCAACAACGUAAAACUACAAAAACGUCAUGAACAAAGCAAGCAGAAUUUAGAGAGUGAACAUAAACAAGAAAGUGAGAAUAUUGAAGUCAGUGUGGAGUGUAAGGAAGAGGAAGGGAAUAUUGCAUUCAAUGGCAAAAGUCGAGAAAACAUGGAGUCAUUUGACCUCUAUAUCAGGUUAAGAGAGGAUCAGUAUUCAAUGUUAACGGAACGUUUGUACAAAGAUGUUGAAAAUAUGGAACUGUAUGACGUUUUUAUGAAUGAUAUUUUGAAAGAACCUAAGGUUUGUAAGAGUUUUAUUGAGGUGUUAAAAACAAAGUCUUACACGGUGCUUAAGUCUUUAUUUUUGUCAGUGCAGAAAAACGUGUCUAAGGUAGUGAGUAAAAGAGACCGUUUGGACAAGGAGAGUGAGGGGAGGAUAGGAAAGAUGAAGUGGCCUAGACAGAGAUUUGUGACGUACAGAGUGAUGCGAGGACAGGAAGUCCUAGUCAACGAGAGAAAGAAAGAAUACAGUGUCAGGGUUAUCAGUUGGGUGAUUUACUAUAAACACAAUCAGAUACUACAAUUCAUUUUAGAACAAACUGAUCUUAACAAAGAAACACAGUCUGAACUGUUUACAAAUUCUUUAAACCCUGAUUUAUCACUUAUAACAGAAGAAGGGGAAAAUAACAAGAAUACUGAACAAUACCGCUUGCUGGUACUGAGUUGUUAUAGUGGCGACUUAGAGAUUGUUAGAAGAAUACUGAAAUAUUUCAAUAGAAGCAUUAAUUCAAGGGCACUGACAAAUAUUAAUUAUGAACAUUUUAUUUAUGAUACACCAUUGACAAUAGCAUGUAUGGAAGGACAUAUAAAUGUAGUGAAGGAGUUGAUAGAGGAGGGAGCUGAUAUCAAUCAUCAAGGUGAAUAUAAUACACCAUUAACAGCAGCAUGUGAGGGUGGACAUAUUAGCGUAGUAAAAGAGUUGAUUCAGGCAGGCGCUGAUAUCAAUCUUCGAGGUGAAUUCAAUACACCACUGGUGACAGCAUGUGAGUGUGGGCAUAAAAGUAUAGUAACGGAGCUGAUAGAAAUGGGAGCUGAUGUUAAUCCACAAACUCAGCUUGAUUCCCCAUUGACAACAGCAUGUGUUGGUGGAGAAAUGAGUUUAAUAAAGGAGCUCAUACAAGCGGGGGCUGAUGUUAAUCCACAAGGAAAAUACAAUACACCACUGAAAAAAGCAUGUCUGGGUGGAGAUUUAAGUUUAGUGAAGAUGCUGAUAGAGGCAGGGGCUGAUGACAAUACUGAUGGCCGGGCUGAUGUUAAUCUUCAAGGUGAAGAUGAUACACCACUGAUAAAUGCAUGUGAAGAGGGGCAUUUAAAUGUAGUGAAGGAACUGAUAGAAGCAGGAGCUGAUGUCAACCUUCAAGGGAAAUACAGUACCCCACUGGUAGCAGCAUGCGCAAAUGGGCAUUCAAAUGUAAUAAAGGAGCUAAUAGAGGCCGGGACUAAUGUCAACCUUCACACUUCAAAGAGUACACCACUGUUAGCAGCAUGCAGAAACAGGCAUUUCAGUCUGGUAAAACAGCUGAUAGAGGCAGGAGCUGAUGUCAAUCUUCAAAGUAAAUAUGAUGCACCACUGGGUGCAGCGUGCGAAAAUUGGCAUUUAGGUGGAAUAAGGAUAACGAUAGAGGAGGAUUCAGAAAUCAAUAUGAGAUAUCUGCAUGAUUCACCACAAGAAGUAUGGCAGAGUGAACAUUUAAAUGCAGUGAAGGAACUAUUAGAAGCAGGGGCCUACAUAAGACACAGUGAUGUGGGGACUGAUUUUAAGGAUGAUGUCGUGGUGACACAGAGGCGAGUUUGGUGUAUGCAGGAAUUGGGGAAUUACAGGGACAGCGUGUUCGAUGACCUAAUUGAUGAUGAUGAUGAUGAAGGUGAAGGUGAACGAUUGGUAUUUGAUAGUGAGAAUGUGUAUGAUAUUUAUCCCACUGAUGAUGAAGGUGAAGAUUCAGUUUUAGAUAAUGAGAUUGCGUCUGAUAAUCACUCUACUGAUGAAGAAGGUGAAGGGUCAGGUUUAGAUAGUGAGAUUGCGUCUGAUAAUCACUCUACCGAUGAAGAAGGUGAAGGGUCAGGUUUAGAUAGUGAGAAUGCGUCCGAUAAUCACUCUACUGAUGAGUUUAACGAUCAGGAGAAAAAAGAAGUAAUAUCUAUGUUAGACAGAGAGGGGGUUUCUGUUUUAGGAGGACACGACGUCUGA